GUACAUAUUAUACACACAAAUAUAUCAAGUAGGAUUUAUUAUAUAUGACAACAUGAAACUAAAAUACUAUUAUCAAUCACCCACAUGAACAUAUAAUAUCUCCCUAAUCCCUAUAUAUACACACCUCUUCUUUCACACCCAUUUCAUAACUCUUUCAUUUCUCUCUCUACAAAUGGAUACAAGUUGCACAGAUGAUCAAACCACAACCAGUGAAACCAUCUCCACCAUUGCACAACCGGUAACCACCACCACAACACCGCCGUUGGAGAUGAGCCUGCGCCGGGUUGGAAGCGGAGCCAGCGUGGUUUCUGACCCGGAAGUGGAAGCCUUGUCAAGGAAGCUACCGUCGUCGAGAUAUAAAGGCGUUGUUCCGCAACCGAAUGGCCGUUGGGGAGCUCAGAUUUAUGAGAAACAUCAAAGGGUAUGGCUUGGCACGUUUAACGACGAAGACGAAGCCGCGAAAGCGUACGACGUCGCAGUCCAACGCUUUCGCGGCCGAGACGCAGUAACAAACUUCAAGCAACUCGUCACCGACGACAACGCGGCUGCCUUUGAAGCAACUUUUUUAAACCGUCACUCAAAAUCCGAAAUAGUUGACAUGCUAAGAAAACACACAUACAAUGACGAGUUAGAACAAAGCAAAAGAACCAUCAACACACACAAAACCCUAUUUCAAACCGGGUUCAACCUUCCCGGACCGGGUUGCACCAUGCCACGCGAACACCUCUUCCAAAAAACCGUCACACCAAGCGACGUUGGCAAACUAAACCGGCUCGUGAUACCAAAACAACAUGCUGAAAAACACUUUCCGGUUCAAAAAGGCAUCAGUUCAAAGGGAGUUUUGUUACACUUCGAAGAUACCGAGUCAAAAGUUUGGCGAUUUCGGUAUUCAUAUUGGAAUAGUAGCCAGAGUUAUGUGUUAACCAAAGGGUGGAGCCGGUUUGUUAAAGAAAAGAACUUAAAAGCCGGUGAUAGCGUUAGCUUUCACAGCUCGACCGGACCGGAUAAGCAGUUUUACAUUCACUGGGAGUCAAAAACCGGGUCGGGUAAAGCAAACCCGGGUACCCAACCGGUCGAGUUGGUUGAACCGGUUCAGAUUUUACGGUUGUUUGGAGUUGAAAUAUCGAGUGUGAGUAGUUGUAGUAGCAAGAGAUCAAGUGGUGUAGAGAUGGAUUUAUUAUUAGGGUUCCAAAAUUGUAAGAAACAAAGAGUUAUUGAUGUUUUGUAGCAGUUUUUAAUUGUUCAGGGGUGGUUUUUGAAAAUAUUGUGCCGUACAUGUUUUGUUGUGAUCACGUGGGAUAAGGCUGGAAAGUGGUGGCAAUGAAGAGAUAAGGGUGCAAGUUGCAAAAGAUUAUUGUUUUAUGUAAUUAUUUUAGAGGACAAAGGUAUAUAUGGAUUGAGUUAUAAAGUAAUAUAUUUAAUAGUGGACAAAAAUAUAUAGAUCGUGUUCUAAAUGCAUAUUAUAGUCUUUGUUGUCAA